AUGAAGCGGUGGGAGUAGUCGAGAGUUAAAGAAGACAGGAGACGCAGGUCAGCGCGCUACACCGCCAUUUGGAAUGUGCGGAUGGAUCAUUCCAUCGCUUUCAUUUGUCCUCUUCGCUCGCUCAGAAUCACAGUUGAGUUGGUUGCUCGUCGGAGGUGGAGGUGCACCGCCAAGCCCCCAAAACGGAAGAAAAACGACAAAAAAAAAACAACUCGCCAAUAGUUGUUCACUUUAAAAGCACUUCGGGUGAAAAAAACCAACAAAAACAAACGACCGGAGUGAGGGCCGAGGAGGGUGUGACGCGCAGCCCGAGAAAGCUCGCGGCCAAGCGGGCAAACGAGGCGACGACGAGCGGGCUAUGCGCCGGCCCAAGCCGGUCGUCUAGAAGAAGAAACGCGACGGGAUUGUCGAAAGGUAGACCGGCGCGGCGGGGGAGGAGGGGGAGUGGGAGGGGCGGCGGCGACACACUGACAAAGUCGUCUUUGUUGAGGAUGUGAAGCACCGAGACUCGAAAACAACAUCAUGCUCUCCGGGGAGAUGUGCGGGCGGGAAGCCCGGCGGGGGGGCGUGCAGGUCCGCGGCGACAAGCGCAAGACGACCGCCGGCUGCCAGAGAGGACGGAAGAAGCGUCCUCGUCCUCAGCAGCAGCACGCAGGACUCCAGAGGCCCAGCGGCACUUCCCUGAUGCGCCUUCGGCCCAUCAACCGGGCUCGGGGCAUGCGAGCCCCCAAGAACACGAACCAGUUCCUCAUGCACGAGAAGUACCAGAUGAUGCACAUGCGCUCCGAUUCCGUGGGCAGCGACACCGGCGGGAGCUGCUCCGACAGCGACUCGGAGCUCACCGACAUGGACUCGUACAUGGGCGCCCUGGAGAACGCCAGGGGAGCCCUGCCGGACGCUCCGGAGGCGGAACCGGAGCCGGAACCGGAGCCGCCGAGCGGGACGCGGCAGGACCAGGUGUUCCAGCACGAGGACAGCAUGCAGUACUUCCCCUCGGAGGACGACCUCUUGCAGAGCCACAACUUCAUGCGGCGGGACUUUGCGCAGUUCUGUGACUUUCUGACGUCCUGAACAGAUUCAGCUCUGGCCCC